AAAACCUUGAUACCAAUCCCAUUAUUUCUCUUUCACGUGGUUUACGUCCGAGAAGUGGUUGAAGAUUUCUCUGGUUCACCGCUGUUCAGUUAAUUUUUGCUGAUUAAGUCGGCCAGAAACUACUGAUACAUUUGACAUGACAACAUUCAAGGAUACUGGUAAGCCUCUUGAUGAUGCACAAAGUCAUCGCAUUCAUCGGAUUCGCAUUACCCUGACAAGUCGAAAUGUUCGGAGUCUUGAAAAAGUAUGUGCUGAACUCAUCCAUGGAGCAAAGGAAAAAGAACUGAAAGUAAAAGGUCCUGUGCGAAUUCCUACUAAAGUUCUGAGGAUCACAACACGUAAGACUCCAUGUGGUGAAGGUUCAAAGACUUGGGACCGUUACCAGAUGCGAAUCCACAAACGACUGAUUGAUCUUCACAGUCCAUCUGAGAUUGUGAAGCAGAUUACAUCAAUCAACAUCGAGCCUGGUGUGGAGGUUGAAGUAACAAUAGCUGAUGUGUGAAUCCUGACAGAUGUACUGUUCAGAUUAUCAAUAAAUUUCCAAUAAAUAUUUUGACAUUUUAA